AUGCGGUACCAACACCUGUGGGUAAACCACACGAAACACUUCAAGGACCCCACGACUGGCGCCCAUACGAACCGCAUCGAGGGCGUCUGGGAGGUGAAGAUCAAGCAGCGCAUCAAAGCUGCUCGUGGUAUGCGGAAAAGAGUGGUAGCUAGCUACCUAGACGAGUGUAUGUGGCGCACGUGGUACUUCGCGGAGAAACCUGCAAAGAGUCACAUUUUCCAAGGGCUAGUUACUGGUAUUAGGAAGUACUACGAGGUCUAG